GACUCCUCCAACAACAUGGCGUCCACAGGCCUCCACGUGUUUGGUGUCCUCCUGGCGUGCGUCGGCUUCCUGGGCGACAUCGUCAUCUGCGCGCUGCCCAUGUGGAAGGUGUCCGCUUUCAUCGGCAACAACAUCGUGACGGCGCAGGUCUUCUGGGAAGGUCUGUGGAUGAACUGUGUGAUGCAGAGCACUGGACAGAUGCAGUGCAAGGUCUACGACUCCAUGCUGGCUCUGCCCCAGGACCUGCAGGCUGCCCGGGCCCUGGUGGUGGUCUCCAUCCUGGUCGUGCUCUUUGGGCUCCUGCUCUCGGUCGCGGGGGGGAAAUGCACCACCUGCAUCGAGGACGAGGCCUCCAAGAACAAGGUGGCUGUGGUCGCGGGCGCCGUCUUCAUCGUGGGCGGCCUCCUGGUCCUCGUUCCUGUGUGCUGGUCCGCCAACGCCGUCAUCAGGGACUUCUACAACCCCGGCGUGGCCGACGCCCAGAGAAGGGAGCUGGGCGCGUCCCUGUUCAUCGGCUGGGCCUCAGCAGGACUCCUGCUCAUCGGCGGCGCGCUGCUGUGCUGCCAGUGUCCACAGAGCAAAGACACCAGAUACACGGCCAAAUACUCUGCACCGCGAUCAGCGGCCGGCGCAGGAGCCUACGUUUGACCUGCUGCAAGUAGAUUUUUAUUUUUUAAACACCUGCAUAACUGUGGAGGCAGGGCCACAAUCUUGUCUUUUUAAUCAAUUUCAAACUGUUUGAAUUUUUAAUAAAUGAGUUUUUUUAUUA